AUGACAGCUCAACAAAGCUGCAGAGGGUAUAUAAAGACCACAUUCAGUACAGUUCAGCAGAGGGGAGGUCAGUGUGGUCGCUUCCCCAUAUCGUCGCCUCCCCGUCUCGCCGCCUCCCCGUCUCGUCGCCUCCCCGUAUCCCCGCCUCCACGUAUCGCCGCCUCCACGUAUCGCCGCCUCCACGUAUCGCCGCCUCCACGUAUCGCCGCUUCCACGUAUCGCCGCCUCCACGUAUCUCCGCCUCCCCGUCUCGCCGCCUGCCCGUCUCGCCGCCUCCACGUAUCGCCGCCUCCACGUAUCGCCGCCUCCACGUAUCGCCGCCUCCACGUAUCGCCGCCUCCACGUAUCGCCGCCUCCACGUCUCGCCGCCUCCCCGUCUCGCCGCCUCCCCGUCUCGCCGCCUCCACGUAUCGCCGCCUCCACGUAUCGUCGCCCCCACGUAUCGUCGCCCCCACGUAUCGUCGCCCCCACGUAUCGUCGCCCCCACGUAUCGCCGCCUCCACGUAUCGCCGCCUCCCCGUCUCGCCGCCUCCACGUAUCGUCGCCCCCACGUAUCGUCACCCCCACGUAUCGUCGCCCCCCACGUAUCGUCGCCCCCACGUAUCGCCGCCCCCACGUAUCGCCGCCCCCCCGUCUCGCCGCCUCCCCGUCUCGCCGCCUCCACCUAUCGCCGCCUCCCCGUAUCGCCGCCUCCCCGUAUCGCCGCCUCCCCGUCUCGCCGCCUCCCAGUCUCGCCGCCUCCCAGUCUCGCCGCCUCCCCGUCUCGCCGCCUCCCCGUCUCGCCGCCUCCACGUAUCGCCGCCUCCACGUAUCGCCGCCUCCACGUAUCGUCACCCCCACGUAUCGCCGCCUCCACGUAUCGCCGCCUCCACGUAUCGCCGCCUCCACGUAUCGCCGCCUCCCCUUCUCGCCGCCUCCACGAAUCGUCGCUUCCCCGUAUCUUCGCUUCCCCGUCUCGUCGCUUCUCCGUCUCGUCGCAUCAACUUCCCUGCAGUGCACCGAGCUACAGAGUCCUCAGUUCCAAUCAAGCUUUUCAUUACCUUUGUGAAGAUCACGAGAUAUAAUGAGGUACAGGAAGAUGUGAAGGAUGUUUAUUGA